GCGACCGAAAUCGUGUCUACGCGUAAGAUAGGAAAAUGCAAUUUGUUACGUAUGACGAAAUUGAAAGUUUCCAAUCAUAUAAACAUGCCAUUUUAUGUAAUUAAAGUAGAUUAGAUUGAGUUAUUUUAAAUUGUAAAAUAAUCCACGUGUUGCUUUAAACGUGAUUCCGCAUUCCAAUUUGAAUUGGGCAUACGAUGACUGUUAUACAGACUCAUGUGGUUUGAUCCAUGAAGCAUGUACGGUAUGACAGUUGCAUUCGUCAAAUGACGUAUGCGGGGCGAGCGCAACAGAAAUACCGUAAUGAAAGCGGUUUUAUUUUAAAAUAAGUUUUAAAUUUACUUCGAUAAAAAGAGAGUUAUUCUACAAUAUCUCAGUUUGAAGCAAUCAAACUAAUUAGGUAACAUAACAUCACUCAAAUAAGAAAAUAGCGACACGAAACAUCAAUCAAUUUUGUGUGUAGUGUGGUCACUAGUUAGAAAGAAGAAGUUUGACGUUUCGGUAAACACCGGGCUUUUGUUAUCAUCCACAUUUUUGUUAUCAUCAAUUUCGGCCGGGGAUGCUGCAUGCGAUUAGAAGCAACUAACUAAACAAAUAAUCUGCCAAAUCUGAAAUCAUUCCAACGCGCAACGAACAUACUCGUGACAAUCUCCCUCUGGAAGUGGAAGUGUGUGAACGUGUGUGAAUAGCUCCAGAAAGCGCGAAAGCAUGUCCGCCGAUCAAAGUGCAAACGUUGAACUGAUUAAGAAGCACAUUGGCGAGUAUCCCGAUUUCCCGAAGAAAGGAAUACUUUUCAAGGACAUAUUUACCGCCCUUCGGCAUGGUGAGGUUUGCAAGGCAAUCAAAAGUGUGCUCGUGUCGUACGUUCGGGAAAGCUGUCCGGACGUGCAGGUGAUCGUUGGGCUAGAGGCACGUGGCUUUCUGUUUAGCUUGCUGAUUGCGGCGGAACUGGGCAUCGCCUCGGUGCCGAUACGGAAGAAGGGUAAACUGCCCGGAUCCUGUGCCCAGCAGGAGUACGUGCUGGAGUAUGGAACUGAUGUGUUUGAAAUACAGCAAGGAAGCAUUACCUCCGGGCAGAAGGUGCUGAUAAUAGACGAUCUGUUAGCCACCGGCGGCACGAUGGAUGCAGCCAACAAGCUCGUCCAGCAGCUCGGCGGAGUGGUGGAGCGAAACGUAGUGAUCAUAGAGCUGACGGAGCUAGGUGGCAGGAAGAAGCUUGAAGCUUCCGGCUCAAACGUACAUUCCUUUAUACAGUACCACGAUGUAGAAUGAGGCGGUGGUGGUAGUUAACAUUUGCCAAUUGCAUGCUAAUUACUAGCAACCGACAGCAACGUUGCAAAAGACAUCCUAUACAGGCUAUGUUAGCGAACUGGUGCAGUUCGUAUUUUGUUUUGUUAUUUGCUUUACUUCCGGCUCUAAUGAUACGAUCGACUCGUUUUCGAUUUAAAACUCACCGUACACCGUUAACGGUUAAAAUCUCAGGUCAAUAGCAAUAGGCCGGUAGCCAUACGUUAGUGAAAUAUAGACCCCAAGCUCAAACAAAUAAAGGAGACACCUUUACACAACA